AUGAGUGCUGAAAUAGAUGCUCACAUAACGAAGAAAUAUGAAAUCAAAAAGCGUUUGGGAAAAGGAGUAAGAUCGUCGUUCGUGCCGUUAAAAUUUGGUGCGAUCCGCGCCAUUUUACUGUUUGGCGCUUCGUCCUGUGACCACCAGCGUGAUUUGAUUCGGGUUUAUUUUCAUGUUUAUAGGCUUAUGGAAUCGUCUGGAAGGCCAUAGAUAGGCGAACAGGAGAAGUUGUUGCUGUAAAAAAGAUUUUUGAUGCUUUUAGAAAUCAAACAGAUGCUCAGGUAUGCUUUGAAAUUGAACAUUAAAGCUUACAUUAGUAUGUAAGCUUUACAAAAUGUUUGAUCAUACUGCUUUGUUUGAAUGAGUAUAUAUCCUUGCUCAUUACGUUUUUAUCCUUCAUUUCAGAGGACCUUUAGGGAGAUUUGUUUCCUUCAGGUAUGUAGAAUCGAGUCAGUUUGGUUUAACCUUAAGCAUACUAGAUAGAUAUUGCUGUGUGUUUCCGCACAGCAUUUCAAUGGAUGAAGCUCCUUUCCGCCGCUCUCGAUCUAAUCCGUCCUGUACUUAUUUGAUUCCAGGAAUUCGGAGACCACGAAAACAUCAUAAAACUGCUAAAUGUCAUCAAGGCAGACAACGAUAAGGACAUCUAUUUGGUUUUUGAAUAUAUGGGUACGUUUUUAUUAAAAAUUUUCAAGGUUUUGCAUCGGUGUGGCAUAGAUCUAAGCUUAACUUUAACCUUAGAAUAUUUUAUUGAGCUUAAGCUUACUGUACAAAUAUUGUCCAAAAAUUGAUUUCUAGUUUCUCUCUGAACUUUUCCAAAUUUCUUAAGGAGCAUUAAAAUAUUCGGCGUUAGCGUCUGUUUUCUUUGGCUGGUAGAGUUGAUUUGCAUGUCGAUGUAAAUAUUGAGACGUAAUAAUUUGAGCUGCCUGCCAAAUUCCUACCUUUCAAGAGUAUAUAAAUAUAUGGCUUACAGAGGAGAAGAACUUAUAUUUAGUGAAUAUAACAUUAAAAAUAACUGCUGCAAUUACGUUUGCAGCGUGAUUUUUUUCGUGAAAAUUGUUUCUAAGGUAUGGGUUUGUGCAAAGUACACUUAAUCUGCAUUUUACUUAUAAAUAAUCAACCGCAGAAGCUGUAACCAUUAAUUUCUUCCCUUUUUGUAUCAAUCGUGACUUAAAAAACGUUAUCGGAGGUACAAUAUUAUUUUUAUGGAACUGACGUCUUUUCAUGGAAUUUUGGUUCUUGGUAAACAUAAACAAUAUUUUGAAGCCAGCAUCAUUUGUUUAAAGUUUUAAUGACCAUGGGAAGGUUGAGUGAACUUAUCUUUUAUUUUAUUUUAUCUCUUUGGGAAAUCGUCUGGGAAGUUUGUUACAUGAUAUGAAAAAUGUGUUAAGGAUUAUUUUCUCCUUCCUAAUAUUCCUGUUGAAAAAAGAUGUUAGAACUUGUUUCAAAGUUUGUUGCCAAAUCAACUCAAAUCUAAUACAUUUUGACACCUGUUACUCAGAUUUUGUUUUGAUUUGUUUCUACAGCAGUUAACAGAGAAUUACUGGUCAGAUUUCUAGAACAUUCUUACACAUACUUGUGUGUUUAGAAUCUUAUUGAUUCCAUUAAUUAAUGGGAAGCAGUCCCAAUAGGCAAAUUAAUUUUACAAAAUUAAUGUAAUUCCUGUGCAUUUGCUUAUUGUAGACACUGAUCUCCACAAUGUUAUAAAGAAAGGCAACAUUCUGAAGGAUAUACAUAAAAGAUAUAUUAUGUACCAGGUAAAGGAUUAUCAAAAUAAAUUUCUAUAUAUUCAUGUUUCUAAUUCUUAAUACCGGUAUAUGUUAGCCACCUUAACUCUGGGAUGAAGCCAAGAGCUGGCUGCUGGUUAAUUUCACCAGCUAGAAAACCACCACUGGCUCAAAUUACUCUGGAAAACAGACAUCUGGUAAUUUUGAAGACCAAAUGCCAGCUUGACUCAUAAAGGAACUUGCCUUGCUUUUCCUCUUCAGUUUAAUUUUUUAAAAGGCUUCAAAUCUUUAUACCAACAAGUACACAGAAUUAUUCAGUACUAUCAAAUAUGUCUAGUCUAAAGGAAGAAGUUAUGAUACAGAAUGAUGCAGUUUUCUUGUGUCUUGCACUUUAUUGCUCUUCUAUUCUAAACCUUUUACAACAAUUAUUAUUUUAAAAUUAUCUCAAAGAAUUAUUAACCAUGUUCUUAAAAAGUUCCUUGUUCUCUUGUGGCUAGGAUAGACACAGCAGCAAUGAUCACAAUUUAACAUCUGUUACGCAGUUAAACCAUAAGCACUUGCUAUAUUGCUCUUGUGUUGUUUAUAUUAUGAAGUGUGGUUAUUAUGACACAUUUCCCACAGUAGAUUCUAUUUUAAAUCUGAACGAUGUCAUCAUUCUUUGAGCGAACCUAAAGAAUUUGUUUUGUACAUUUACAUGUACAAGGUUUUUUUUUCUUAAAACCCAUGGUGAAAACAAUCAAAAGCUAUUGCUCAAUAAAACCUGCAUUUAAUUCAGUUCAUUUAAAUUUCAUGUAUAAUAAUCACAUGCUUUAAGUUGGGUUGUGAACAUCACAUCCUGUUUAGGUAGGCAUUUCUUGGUGAUCUAAGUAGGUCAACUUGGUAGUGUACAAAAAUGCUGGCUGAUUACGUAGGUUUUCCAGAUGGUUGCAUUAUACAAUCAGAAAGGCCUAAUAUACAACAAAGAAGAUAGUAUUUGUGCAAUUUCAGUGGCAUUAGUUCUGUUAUGGAUGGUUCUCAAAAUAAUGCUUUCUCCCACAGAUUUUAAAGGCAGCUUACUACUUACACUCUGGAAAUGUAAUUCACCGAGAUCAGAAGGUAUUUUGUUUUUUUGGAUUAUUUUAUGUCAAUACAUUGAUUAUUAAUUUUUUUUUAUGAUGAUAGUAGCUACCUCAAAGCAUCAUGCUCGGUUAUGUUAUGAUAGACUUUAUGAUGAAUGAUGACCUAGUUACAGUAGUUGAGGUUCUGCGUACACUGUAGUUGAUAAGCCAUAUUUUGUUUGUUUAUUUUUGCAGCCAAGUAAUGUCCUUUUAGACUCCGAAUGUUUUGUAAAAGUAAGUCAUUGUUGUUUUAGUACUCUCAUUUUGUUUAAGUAACAUUAUUAAGGGGGGAGUGUGAAGUAAAGCUCAAGUGUCAAUUUUGUCUUCGGUUUGUCUUCUAUGCCCUUGUAAAUCAAGGGGAGUAUUCUAUAUACAGUAGCAGUCAAUUGGUUGUGGAUAUGUCCAAUAGUUUUUGCUAAUUCCUGACAUUCUCAAGACUUUAUUGUCAAACCUUAUGUCAAUACUUUUUUCAGUAUGUGUGAUUUUUAGGGAGUUGUUGGUGAUUUCACCAUGAUUUAGGGCAGCCUUGUGGCCUUAACUUAGGUGAAUGAAAUUUAGUACCCCUUAAUGGUGAUUUUUGCAUGGGCUUGUACCAAUUUCCGUUAGCUCUUAUUGUGUACAAGCAGUACACUUAUGCAUAUGAUAAGAAUUACUCUGCCCCAGAAUACCUUGCUUCAAACCUCGCAGGCAGAUUGUGCUAAAAUCACAGCAAAAAUCACUGCUCUUGUUGCAUGACAAAUCAUGCAAUAAGAUCCAUAUUAAGUGAAUGGCCCUUUACAUGGUAAGAAAAUUGUGUGAAAUGUGAUACUAAGAAAUGUCUAUGAUAGUACAGGUAUCAAUAAGGAAAGACUCAGUGUAUUUAAUUGUAGGUUGUUCUAUUUGACAUGGCUGUUUGAAGUGUUAUAAAAUGUUAACCUUGCUGUUCUUUUUUAUUUACAGAUCUGUGAUUUUGGUCUUGCCCGGUCAGUGACAAACAUGACUCAGGAGGCUGGUGAUCCUAGUUUAACUGAUUAUGUUGCCACUCGCUGGUACAGAGCACCUGAAAUUCUUCUAGCUUCACCACGGUAACCAACAUUCAUGUGAUUCAAUUACAUCAUAGCUGCAAGUUGCUUGUAACAAAAGUAAAAAUGAUGUUGAUAUCUUUUAAGCCUUUCUUAGUGAUGUUCUGUCUUUUUUUGGCAGGUACACAAAAGGUGUUGAUAUGUGGUCUUUAGGAUGCAUUUUAGGAGAAAUGCUUUUAGGUAAAUUAACAAGUGCAGUAUCCAGCAAGAUAGUUUUCAAUGUUUUAUCUAUAUUCACAUCUGCCAUUUCACUGGUUAUUUAAUGAGGGUUGCAUAAUCACUUUAUUUCUUCAUUUUAGGAAAGCCACUUUUCCCUGGCACAUCAACUUUAGAUCAGAUUGAGAAAAUUAUGACAGUAAUUCCUACCCCAUCUAGACAAGGUAUGAAUACAAAAAAUAGUAACCAUGAAAUAUGUUAGUAGAAUUGAAUAGCUUAUCCAGGUGGGCCUUGGUUUGAAUAGUGGUCUCACCAGAGAGCUCAUGCCACUUCUUAUGCCAGUGGAAGGAAAUGCAAGCUGAAUACCCCCUGCACAAAUAUUAGGCAGAUUUAGCAAAGACAACGUGACAGCAGUGACAACUGUGUGCGCAAAUAAAAAACUCGACUUGACCAAUCGCAGACCGACAAAUUGAGCACUAGAAGUCAUGCUCAGUCAUUUUCACGUGCUUUCCCGUCCUAAACUGAUGUUCCCUUUCUGUUGCUAAAUCACACUAGUACAUCAACAGUACUUUGCUCUUCUUUUAAUGUUGUGUUCUCAUAGCCAAAGGACACAUGUACUGGAAAGAGGAGUAAUGUUUGUCCAACUAAGAAAUAAAAAAGUAAUAUAAUAGUUUCUUUAACAGUUCAUUUAACUCUUUGGUAAGCUGUAAAUAGUAAAUAAUGCUACUAUCAAAAAAUUAGUGGCUCUAUGUAUCUCACAGCAACAUUAAUGUGAGUUGUUCACUAAACAAAUGCUAUGAAUGUUGCUGAGUUUUGUUUUAAUUUGGUUGGUUAGUCUUUUGGUUGCUUACAUGUAUGUAUACUACCUUAAAAGAAGCAUGGACUCAUGUCUUGCAUAAGACAACUUCUUUGUUGAGCUGUGUUUUGGAUUGUUUCAUUUUAGAUAUUGACAGCAUCAAGUCACAGUACAGUUUGUCAGUGUUGGACAGAAUGGCCUGCAAACCCAAGAGGAGCCUUGAAGAAAUGAUACCCACUGCACCACCAGAUGGUAUUGAUUUGCUAAGGAAACUUCUCCAGUUUAACCCUGAUAAGAGGCUGACAGCAGAACAGGCUUUAACACAUCCUUUUGUGGCGAGAUUUCAUAACCCUGAGGAAGAACCUGCCAUGGAUUAUGAUGUGAUUCCUGCGCUGGAUGAUGAUGUACAGUUGACUGUUGAGGAGUAUCGUGUUAAACUUUAUGAGGUAGGUACAUUAUUUUACACUAAGUUGUGAAUUACUUGUUACAUACGUGUUGUAGUGGCUUGAGCUUUUAUCCGAGUUAUUUCUUGCUAGAGUUAGCACCAAGCAUCAUCAUAAGAGUCCUUAUAAAUUUUCACCAUGGAAGUGUCCUACUGCCUCUUGAAACCAAGGCUUUAACUUAGUGUUUUCAGUCUGUGGGAAAAUAAUUGCUGAUAAGAUUUUGUGUUUACAUCACACUGGUGUCAUGAGGUGUUUAGGUCUGUGAGUGAGGUAGUAACUUGUAAGAUCAAUUCAAUUAAGACCUCAUGAAUUUUAUUCUUCAUUGUGUAUAGAGUAUCAUCCAGAAGAAAACUAACAUCAGAAGACAAAGACGGGAAAUUUUCCUUCAGGAUCAGAAGCAGAAGCAAGCACAGGCUGCUGAAAAGUCAAGACAACAGGAAUACCAGCCUCUACGGCAAGUUGAAAACUAUUCUUACGCAGCACCAAGCAAUGUACAUGCCGACCGUUCUCCACACAGUUCACCUUCCAAGCCACCACUGCAAAAGAGUGAUGGUGUCACAGUAGCGUUUGGUAGAACAACAAAGUAUCAGCAUCAGCGUUCACCAUCUGCUGGCAAGAGUAUGGUCAGGAGACAUAGCUUGGAAAAUGAUAGUGUAAGUUGUAGUUUUUGUUGCUUGGCAUAGUUCAUUAGGAUCAUAGCAAACUUUAAAACUAGUGAAACUGCUGUUUUAGUUGAUCACUUUUUAGCCUAAGUGCAGACAACUCCUGUUUUAAGGAAAGGGCAUUGAAAGAGAGCAAUAAUUUUGGCCAAUAAUGUGAUUUUUGACAAAUCAAACCAAUUUUUGGAAUGCUGGUUCACUGGUAAACAGCAAUUGCCACUUGGCAUUUAUUUUUGCCAGUGUUUUUUAUAUGUACAGGUGUAUGUUCAAGAGGAAAGAUAUGUGAUAAGAGCUCAGUUUUACACAACAGUGUCUUUUGAAAACCUAUUUUUUCAGCCUCAGGUUUUUCAGUCUAAUGCGUACUGUUACUAGUUACCAACAAAACAAAAAGGAACUUUUACCUUUAUAGAGCAAUUCAUUAUUGUUUUGUUAACUGAUUAAAAUAAUUUUUGAAAAUUUUGUGUACAGGCUAUGUCCCCGCCUAUAGCAAAUCCUGCUGGCCGCGCAAGACCCAUCUCUGCUCAAGUAAAGCCGAAGAAUACAAUAAUAACACGAAGUAAUAGUGCUGAUAAGCUUCUUCAAGUUACUAGUGCACGCAUGGUGAGUUUGCUCUUACACACAUUUUUAUGUACAUGAUUAUGUACACAUGCCAUUAACUUUGUCCUGAAUAUAGAAUGGUCUCAAUUAUUACCAGAGCCUUGAAGAGUGGGGUUUCACUUGUACAUGUAGAUUUAAUUUUCAGCUCAGCCAUUGCCUGGACUGAUCUGUUAAGCAUUUGGUACAUUUAAAUGGGAUAUUUCCUGCAUAAAUUUCCUGUGAUACAAAUAAGGAGAAUUUAUUUAACAAUCAAGACCACCUCUAUUUUUGAUCAAACAGAGUUACAGUAACCGUAGGAAAAGAAUGUUGGUCACUCUUAAGGUUUAUUGUUUAAUCACUGGGUUAUCCCCAACGUGAUGUCAUUUGUCCUUAUUAGAGUAGAAAAUCUUUGUGGGGCAAGCUCUGUGAGAAAAAAAUAAAAUAUACCACUUGUAAGAGUGAGCAUUACUUUAGAAAAUGGUGAAGAUGAUCACAGGACAAUUUCCAGUGUUUUCAGGUUGUUGAAAAACUAGAGUAAAAAAAUUGUUUUUUUAUUCUUCUUGUUGAGUAUGUUUGCAAUGUUGUUUGGUGGCUUUUUAGUUUUCUGUUUACGGUAAAGGGGUAGCUUGAUAUUCUUUUGUUGAUCAAUGCUUAGAUGUCAUGUUCUUGUUUCUAUUUUUUAGGUUCCAGCCCAAAGACCUCCUUCAGCUAAAGCACUACACCGACCUACAAGAAAGCCAGUACCAAACCACACCUUAAACCGUUCACCUUAUGAGAGUUAUUCACAAACACAUGGAACAAUAUCGAAAAGCUCACUGCAGUCUUUACAGUCUAGAAUCUGGUAGCCAAAUGUUUUCAAAUUUGCUAGUACAUAAAAUUAAAUUUUAACUACCUUUUUUCUGGAGAAAAUUGAUUUUAUUAGUGAGGAUCCGUCUACCAUUGCCACUUGCCAAAGAUUUUUAUGCCUUAUAUGUUUUGUACAAAUUUUUGCAGUUGUCUGUGGGAUCUAAAUAGUCCGUAAGUAAUGAGGAGUCAAGAUGUUUUGGUUAGUAGGGUAGAAAGCAGACAGUUAGGAGUAAAAAUACACUAUUCAACCUUCAAACCAAAACCUUUUGACUUCGAUUUGUGAAAAAUAUUCCAACUUUUUGUCAAAACUUUGUGAGGUGUCAGUAGUAGCUAAGUGAAAACUUGACUGUAACUUUAAGGAACUAUAAAGGUAUUUAUU